AUGAUAUCUGCUCUUGCCAUCGGCAUAGCCUUGCUAUUUCUCGGCGCUAGGGCUUCGCCGGUGCAGUCUAUGGUUUCUACCAACUCAUUGCUACAGAGCAAUCCUUCCCUUGCCUUGGGAACCGGCUACAAAAGUUGUGACGCUCUUGUCGCGGCCGGGCUGGAGGACGCCGUCUUUUUCCCGCCCGACGCCGAGUAUGAAGCCAGCAUCACGUCAUACUACUCAAUCGCCGUGCAACAACUCCGUCCAUGGUGUAUCGUUCGACCGGAAACUAGCGAUCAAGUUUCCAGGGCCUUAACCGCCCUUGUUGCUUCUAGUCCUGCCGGCAGCUGGGACAUUGCAGUUCGAGGUGGUGGGCACUCUCAUUUCGCUUCCAAUAAUGUUGCCAACGGCGUUACCAUCGACCUGAGCCGUAUGAACUCGACAGUGUAUAACGUCGUCAGCCAAAUUGCAGCAAUAGGACCAGGCUCUAGAUGGGGUUCGGUCUACAGCGAAGUCGAAAAGUACGGACGCUCUCUUACAGGUGGCCGCUUAGGUAGCGUGGGCGUCUCAGGUCUUGUUCUUGGUGGUGGCAUCUCAUUCCACACGGGCACCCGAGGCUUUUCCUGUGACGCCAUCAGGAAUUUCAAGGUAGUCUUGUCCAACGGCUCAAUCGUAAACGCCAACGAAGGAGAGAACGCAGACUUGUUCAAAGCUCUCAAGGGAGGUAGUAGUAACUUCGGCAUUGUUACUCGCUUCGAUAUGGAAACGUUCGAGGCCGCGCCAGGCGGAAUCUAUGGCGGUGGUCUUCGCUACGCCUACGAACAUAGAAUAGCAAUCCUGAACCAGUUGAUCAGGGUGACCGACAUGAACCAUGAACACCCGGAGGACGCCAUGCCAGUUGCGUUCAUAAGCUCCGGCCUUGGCCCUACCACCAUUUCCGUCACCACAGUCAACACUCUCGGUAAUGAGAACUCGACCUCCUUUGCGCCGUUGGCAGCGCUCCCCAAUAUUGGCGACACCAGGAAAAGAUUGAGCUAUGGGCAACUUAUCACGGCAGCUCCGGACGACGGAGGAGAAAGGACGGUUUGGUUCUCGAUCUGUUUCCAAAACAAGAUGGAGGUUCUUACUAAACUCAUGGACCUAUAUGACGCAUUCGUCGAGGACCUUGGGCAGACUAUCCCCAGGGGCAACCUUACGAUCCAAUUCAUCCUCCAGCCAUUUCCGAAACACUACUCGCAGCCGAAAAGGGCUGGCGGCGGCGGCAACGUGUUGGGCCUUGAAAAGACAUUGACGCAAAAUUCCGUCAUCUGGAACGCUAUAGUGAAGGUUCAAACAGUCGAGCAAGAAGCCCUGGCCCGCACACGGCUGGCCGCUCUUGUUGCGAAUCUGGAAGCGUUUGCCGACCUAAACGAUGCGUCAACACCCUGGCGGUUUUUGAACUACGUGAACCCAGCUCAAGACCCAAUUAAGUCCUACGGCGAGGAAAACGUCAAGUUCCUCAAGGAAGUGGCCGCUAAAUAUGAUCCGCAGGGUGUUUUCCAGACCCGAGUAUCAGGGGGAUUCAAACUGUCAAGAGUUAGUUAG